AUGAAGUAUCUUGCUCUCACUGGCUUCCUCGCCGCUCAUGCGGCUGCACUGAGGAACGUCAUGUAUGUUGACCAAUGGCACAUUUCCAGUCUACCAUCAAGUGAUCUUGUGUCAUCGGUGACACAUGCCAUCAUGGCAUUCGCACCAUCGGAAAAUUUCAACAGCGGAAGCACAUUUACACCGUUCGAGUCAAUUGAUACCUUUAGAGCUCGUUUCCCCAGCACAACAAAGAUUAUGGUUGCUAUCGGAGGCUGGGGUGACAAUGCUGGCUUCUCGACAGCCGCUGUUAGUGAGACCUCACGAUCUACUUAUGCGAAAAACGUCGCGGCCAUGCUAGAGUCAACCGGCCUUGACGGCGUUGACCUUGACUGGGAAUAUCCUGGAGGCAACGGAGCAGACUACAAAACAGUUCCAAACUCGCAACGUGCCGCUGAAGUGAAUACUUUGCCUCUCCUGGUUCGAGCUAUCCGUGAUGCCAUUGGUGACGACAAGAUCCUCUCGAUCGCAACUCCAGGACUCAAGCGCGAUAUGAUUGGAUACACUGCUGAAAAUGGCCCUACGGUUUUCGGCGCCGUCGACAUGGUCAAUAUCAUGAGCUAUGAUUUAAUGAAUCGACGUGACAACGUUACUAAACAUCAUACAAGCAUUAAAGACUCAUUGGAAACAGUCAAUAACUAUCUUGACAUUGGCAUGAACGCAACAAAGGGAAACCUAGGUAUUGCAUUUUAUGCCAAAUACUUCACUACCGACCCAUCCUCUGAUUGUGCUACUAACCCAGUCGGCUGCGCUACGGUGGAACUUGAGGAUGCUAAUGGUCAAGACACCGGCAAGUCUGGUGCAGUGACCUUCGAGACUAGUCCUGAGGUUUCAAGUUCCUCCAUUACAUCGUCAUGGAGCAAAGCCAAAGCUAACGGCAUAACCGAUGAAGACGCUGGUGGACAGUAUUAUUGGGACAGUGAUGCGCAGCUCUUUUGGACUUGGGACACUCCAGAUUUGAUCACUCAAAAAUUUGCCGAUAUUAUUGCUGCGACAGGUUUGGGAGGUGUCAUGGCAUGGAGCUUGGGUGAAGAUAGUCUUGAUUGGAGCGAGCUUAAGGCGAUCAACUCUGGUGUUGCAGCCGCGCCGUAA